UCUUAAAACAUUAAAACAUAAUUUUUUGAUCCAAUAUGAAUCCAGACUACGAUUAUCUGUUCAAGAUUUUGCUUAUAGGAAACUCUGGCGUCGGAAAAUCAUCACUUCUAAUGAGAUUUGCUGAUGAUACCUUCACAGACAACUUCAUGCCAACUAUUGGAGUUGAUUUCAAAAUUAGAACUUUGGAAGUAGAUGGAAGAACUAUUAAGCUUCAGAUUUGGGACACUGCUGGACAGGAGAGAUUCAAGACAAUUACAAGCUCAUACUACAAAGGUGCUCACGGAAUAAUUGUAGUUUACGAUAUUACAGACAAAGAAUCUUUCAAAAAUAUUGACAACUGGAUGACUGAGGUUGAGAAGCAUGCUUCCGAGAAUGUCAGCAGAAUACUAGUUGGAAACAAAUGUGAUAUGGAUGAAUCCAGACAAGUCAGCACAGAUGAAGGUAAAGAACUCGCAGAUCAAUAUAAUAUUAGGUUCAUGGAAACCUCUGCUAAAGAGAGUUCAUUCGUAGAGGAGGCUUUUACUCUUAUGACCAAAGAAAUUAAGAGUAGAGUAGUGCAUACAGAUCAGAGAAAGCCAUCUGGAACUGGCAAAAAGUUAACUGCUCCCAAGAAGAAAAUUGAAAAGAAGAGUGGAGGUUCUUGCUGCUAACCUAUAUAAUUAUUCCAAAAUUCUUGAAUCAAGAGAACACCUUA